CUAUGUAAACACGAUUUAAAAACAUUUAGGAGUUUACAUUAUGCAUUGAUUCAGAAUCAUGUCGCUAGUCGAGACCGCGACGGCCAGUCGUACAGCACUUUACAAUGAAAUUAAUAUUGUUCGCCCUGCUGGGUUCGUGUUUUAUCGAAACCUUAAACGCUCGACUUAUAGAAAAGAACACGGACCGAACAUUGACGACUGAAUCGAAAACGACCGGUUCUAGCCCACCGAUACGACUCACGAGGGACGUGUUCGAAGAAGACGUACUCACAGGAUUCUCGAAAGAAGACAACAUUCAGAGUGAUGAGUUCGUCCGAUCAUACAACAGGAGGCCGAGGCACUUCUUCAAGGCGAAGGGUCCGGGCGGCGACCCGCCAGCCGGGGCCCGGGUCGUGAGGGAGUCCAGCGAGAAGACCGAGAAGGCCGACAAAACUACGAAGACCACCUCCACGACAUCCACCACUUCGAUGAAACCGAAACCUUCGCUCGUGAAGAAACCGAUCCCGAAAUACAACGAAAUGGACUACGACGACGACUUCCAAAUGAAGAUCAGCCGAUCGCCGGUGAGGGUCAUCGACUCCGGCGAACACGAAGACGAGGACUUCAACCUCGACGACUACGACUUUGACGUGAACCACGACGAGUUCAUCGGCCGAGGCAAGCCGCUAGAGCCGAGGACCAAGCACAAAGAGCUGCAGGACCCCUUCAGCCACCCGUCCGGGAAGGCUGAACCGAAAUCUCCUCCCACGCCUCCAGAAGUGAAAACCCAAAGUAAAUUAGUUUCACCCGCUGCUCAUCGCCUUUCUAAUAAGAAGGAAAGAGCAGUGGAGGCGCCGCCGAAGCACAAAUCAGAAAAGGAUGACUACUACGAUGACACGUCCAGCACCAAAGUUCCUGAGAAAAACAAGAAUCGCGAUGCGGACGAGGAGCCCAAUGAUGACAACGAAGAAAGUAAAGAGUUUGAAGGUAAAUCAUCUGUAUCAUCUGUAAGAAUGGCUAGGUCACCUUGGAAAAUAAAUACUUAUGUGGAUAAAUUGGGAGAGAAAACUUCUUCUGUUAUGUCUAAAGUACUUAGUAUACUCCCCAUGUUCCCCCAGGUGCCUGACAAAAAUAGAGCAGACGAACUCAUCAGUGGCCGAAUGGACCCCAGGACCGGCAAACGUAUUCCUUAACUCGCUUGACUAAUCCGCAUAGGUUACACCACGUUGUUAUGUCAUCACAUUGCGAAUAUGGCCCAUCAAAUUAAACUGGAUGACGUAGUACAUUAAUUGUGAAAAUCGAAUUGACUAGAAAUAUAUUAAUUUUAAUAGUGGAAUCUUCAUUAGUAUAAAUAAUAUUGGUUUAUUGUUCGAAUCUUAGUUUACGACAAAUUAUGGAGUGAUGUAAUAAAACACGUAAGGCAUUUUCAAA